AUGCAACACAGAAGCGACAGUUGCAUUCGAAAUGUUGAGGUUCUUUUGGACAUACGCGAUGAGGUCAAGGAGGGUGCCAAACGCAUGGAAGCGUGGAAGCGUCACAAGGGCAACCUAUCAUCCUCUCAUGCGCAAAGAUGUGUCAGACAGUUGCUUGGGCAUACAGGCAUCUGGAAAGCCUUCGACGAAGUACUAGAAAUACCGGCUCUUCGAGAUGGGAUGAGAACCAGCACGCUUCACAAAUUGAUGGCUUUGAAAUGUGACGAGCAAGUGAUGUCAUACUUGAGACAUAUCAGGGCUACUUGGUUAAGAUUAGUACGAGGUAACGAAGAAGCACUGCAAAAGUUCAGUACAACGGAUGUCAAGACACUAGAGCUUCGAUGUCCCCGGUUCUCAACUCAUGACGAAACAGUAAUAAAACGGGAACUCGAUCAAAAACGCCUCUUCAGCAGGUUCAGUCCCGAGGAGCGCCAGGCAAUCUGGACGGAACUCACCGCAAUAGACUGCAUAAUUCCCUCGCUGUUUACUUUUUUUGAGGACAUAAAGGUUCUCCAAUCCUGUGCAGAAAGCAUGAAGCACCUUAUAUUGCCUAUAGAUAAGACAUUCGACAGGGCCUUGCGAGAUAGCCUCACCCAAGGUCAGAUCGAGUCCGAAAUCGAGGAAGCGCACAUAGAUCUGUCAAUUCGGCAACUAUGGAUAUAUAGCAUGCGGAACUUUCGAAAUUUGUCACAACAACCACGGCGAAGCAUUGACAAGCUUCUUGCAAAGGUCCCACCUGAGCAGGCAGAUGAAUCAAAGCUCGCCCGGUUUGUCAAACUCGCUGAUGAAUGUGGAUUUCACACCCCAGAGAUCGAUUAUUUGAAACAACUAACUCUAGGAGAGGAUGAAGAAUUGACCAAUAAUCUGACCCCAGCCAUAGUAUCAGACUCGAUCAAUGCAACACUCAGGAGAUGUGGACUCCCUACCCACGCCACGUAUGAGCAUGACCGGAGACUACUCACAGUAGAAUUUCUACAUGUUGACUACGGCGAACUCAAUCCUCGGGGCCGGGAUAUCACAUCGUUCUUUGUGCUUCAGUCGACAUAUUUCGCCUUUUUCGGACAUCCCCCCACGUUGACCGACCAAAAUAGCUUACCCAUAGGCAAUGUACCCAUGGACGAAUCCGUGGAUGAUAUACCAUCGGACAAUGUAUCCAUGGAAGACACGCACGUGGAAAACAUGCCCUUGAACGAACAGAUCACGCAGUAUUUGAGGCAGGAUUCCGACUCUCGCUCUAGUAGCUACUCAACCGACCCUGAAGUAGAACUUGGCACUAUGAUCGCAGACAAUGAAGAUGAGUCAACGCCUGAGAGAGAGCCCAGCCUCCCAGAAUCAGACACAAGCCCGGCACAGGAUACAGAUGACAUCACCGAGCCUGAGCCCCGCACUAAUGUGCCUGAGGACAUUUUUGAGACCUCACCUAGACCAUCUCGAGCAGUGAUAUUCAUACCAUUUAUCAAUAAUAAACUUGACAACGCCAACAAAUUUGUCAUCGCACAGGCCAGCCCCAAAGCCGUCGAGUACGCAGCAAAACGUUUUAUGUUCAAAAAUAAGUUGAGACCGUUCUCAACACCUCAUCUUCAUUUGCUUAUGCCGGAUCAAUGUUUUGAGGCUGCUACAAACUCAAGCUCCCGCACCAUUAUCUUGCUCCCUGAGGGUCAUGCCAGAGUUUCAAGGACAUUAGAACGGGCUGUGUCCGAAUUGCCACAAGUGGUGGGGUAG